UUGUCAGAUACAGGUAGAAUUCUGUUGUUUAUAUCUGUAUAUCUAAUGAUUCAGCUGUACUCGUGUGUAUUGAAAUGAACCAUAUUUCCUGGAAAGAUCCUAAUUGUUACGUCACCUUAAUCUGAAUCCUAGUGAAAAAGGCAGAAUGCCAUCUUAAGAAUGGACCCUUGGGUUCCACAAGAAGUUUUGGAGGGUUAGUAUAUUUUUAAUGAGCCCAAAUACAAAGAGCCAAAACUCUUGAACCCCCCUUCCCCUUGACUCAAAUAUGAAUUCCAUAUGUAGGAUUUCCCAGGUUCUGCAGAUGAUUCUGGGCUCCACCUACUUAAAAAUGAGCCCAGAAAUCCCUAUGUGUCCUAAGAGUCCCGACAGAUUUCCAAUACAGACUUCAGACCUCAUGAAACACUUUGUUGCUAGAAGUCAAGGGGGUUCCUAUGUAUUCAGUUUCUUAUAACCUCGCCCAAUAUUUUCCAUGUUGCACAUGGAAAGGCAAUAAAAGGUUAAUGAAAUGCUUGCCAAGUGUUCGCUUUCUCCCCACACCCCUUGGCAUGCCUCCUGUCUUUUUACCAGAGGGAUCCAGUAAAACAAGUUUCAUUUCUCUCUGAGGCAGAAAACUUUCCGUUUCGCUCCUGGUUCCCGUUUGCCACGAUGGCGACUGCUAGUGUUAGAGUCGAGGUGACGUGCACCAUCUGCCUGAGCAUUUACACCGAGCCCGUAACUCUGACGUGUGGCCACAACUUCUGCCAGGGCUGCAUUAACAAAACCUGGGACUGGCAGGAAGGUGUGGAGGAAAAGCCCUCCUGCCCCGAAUGUAGAGAGAGAUUCAAGAGACGUCCGGAACUAAUAAAGAACUUGCGUCUGCGGAACAUUGCAGAACAUUUUCUUUCUGAGCAGCCAAAGCAAGAAAAGACUGGCAUCUACUGCACCUACUGUGAUUCCUCUGUGCCCGCUGCCAAGUACUGUGUGCUGUGCAAGGCUUCUCUAUGUGACAAUCACGUGCAGCUGCACAGCAGUGCAGAGGAACACGUAUUAACGGAACCCCCUGUCUACCCAGCAAAACACAAAUGCUCUGUACACAACAAGCUGCUGGAGUACCACUGCUGUGAGGAAGGUGCCUGUAUCUGUGCCUCCUGCUGCCUGGUUGGGGUGCACCAGGGCCACAGGGUGGAGUCACUGAGCGAGGCCUCUGAGAAGGAGAAAGAGAAACUUAAACAUUUUCUGGAAUAUCUGAUCCCUAUGAAAGAGGACACUGAGACAAGACUCUUGGAACUGAAGAACUGCAGAGACCUGGUCCAGAAGAAAGUGGCUGGAGAGCGUGAGCAAGUCACUGACCUGUUUAGGUGCAUCCAGCAAUGGCUAGAAGCCCUAGAGGAGCAAAUCCUGGAGGAGAUCUCCAGACAAGAAGAGCAAUAUUCCCUUCCAUUCUCCAAUCUUAUCCAGGAACUGGAAAUAAAGAAGGAGCAGCUGUCCCAGAAGAUCCAUCACUUUGAAGAGCUGUGCAACAUGGACAAUCCGUUGUCUGUCCUACAGGGGAGGGAGUCGGAAGAGGCAGAGGAUGUUGAGAGGGAUGAGAGUGGUGCUUGGUUCACACCUGCAGUGCCAGAUUUAGACAAAUAUUUUCUAAAAGAGAAAUUGAACACAGGAUUGAAUGAUAUUGUGAGGGGGGCAAAACAACGGUGGGAUUAUGGGCAAAAGGUGACAGACCUGGAAAUGGACAUAAACACUGCCGGCCCUAAUGUGGCUUUAUCAGACAACCGGAAAUCUGCCACAGACUGGAAAGGUGACCAAGAUCAUCCUGAAAACCCCCAGAGAUUUGAGAAGAAUCGGGUCCUGAGCACCAAGGGCUUCAUGUCGGGGCGCCACUACUGGGACGUGGAGGGCAGUUAUUUGGGUAAAUGGUGUGUAGGGGUAGCCUAUCCAAGCAUGGAGAAUGGAGGAGUUAGGUCCCUCAUUGGGUUUAAUGAUAAGUCCUGGGGUUUGUACAAGGUGGAUAGGAAUUUCUUGAUGGGUCUUUUUCGAGGGCCUCGUUAUGUACUCUUACAUAACAACAGAGAAUAUGACUUGCCUGACAUUACAUCCUGCGGGGGAAUCAGGAUCUCACUGGACUACAAGGCUGGACUUCUGUCCUUCUAUGAACUGAAAGACCCUAUAAGGCAUCUGUUCACCUUCUCUACCUCCUUUACUGAGCCCCUCCAUGCUGCAUUCUGGCUUGAGUCUAGUUGGGUGAAAAUCAUUAGCUAAGGUAUUGCUCCUGCCAUAUGUGAUCUGUUGAGUGGGGUCCAUUGUAGAUUUUACUGCCUGGAUCUAAAUCCCAAAGAAAUGGCAGUGCUGGUAAUAACAAAGGUUUAUUAUAUAGUCAGCCUGCCUUCAUUAAGUGCUCACAGGGGUGCGUUGGUUGUUCUGCUGCAGGUAGUCUGCUACAAGUCACAGCUCUUCAGGUUCCUGCAGGAACUUACAUAGUGUUUGUAAAGGAAUACUGUUACACAAGUCCCCAACCUGUAUUUUGUGUUGCUGAGGUCCCCGUAAGGGUGCCCCUUAUCUGGAUUUCAGGGAGCUGUCUGGUUCAAAGGUUGAGGAAAACUCAAUAACCCCACCCAUGACAUCAAACCCCUCCUAAAUACAUAAUGACCCCACACCUAAUGCCUCGGGCCUACUGGGAUUUCACUGGGACCAGUAGGAAGGUGCACCCUCUACGUGACGUGUCUAAAUGAACAACAAACAAUCUCACCGUUACAGAAAAUGUGAAUUGUAACAUGAAAUCUAUCACCUCUUUGUAAUUGCGUAUUUGCCAUGAAAAUGUCUGAAACACCAGGGGUCGUUUGCUUUGUACCUGGAUGGAAGCGUAAGGCACUAGGGAUGUAAAAGUGACCCCCUUAUUACUCAUAAAAACAACUCCAAUUACCCCCAAUAUAUAGGAGUAAGGAGUCUCUCUCUGCAGGGGAACACAUUUCAGUCUUAUUAUUUUCAAUCAUUUUUCAUGCAUUUCAGCCUCUCAUAUUAUUACUGUGACCCCCUUCCACUUUUCUUUUUGGAAAGUAAAUGUUUGUGUUUCUUUUGUAUUGAUCCGUUUGUAUUGUAUCAUUGUGUAACAUAUGUAACCAAGUGGCGCUGUAGCAAUAAUAAUAAUAUACAGGAACUUACCACAAUUCUCAUUUUGUAAUUGUUGGUAUUCGAGAAUGUUGUACCAAAGGGAAUAUUGUAUCCUACUGCCUGAUUGGUGUGUCUAACCUAACCCAGGAUUGGUUAAUGUUUGAAUAAAUGGCCCAUGAUUGGGUGUCCCCCAGGCAUGAAACACA